GCCAGAGAUCUUCAACAGUCUCAAUUCGAGCAAAACACCACUUCACUAUGUACAAUCCAAGCCGCGAUAGAGAGUUUCACAGCCUCAAAGGUUUAAAUGCCUCGCUGUGCCGCCAUCCGCACGACAAGAGUCCUUGGAAGAAUCUCCAAGUUUGAUGAAAGCGCGGUUCGCAGUACGUACAACACAAGACCCUGGUCUUGGCAUCUCUCAUAUAUAAUUCCAUUGGACCCUUCCAUUUUCCCGAGGUCUCAAAUCAACGUGUCUUCCACAUCUUCUCGCACAAAAUACACUUGUAGUUCAAGAUGGCAGGAACCAAUUUCCUUAUCAUGAACGCAGCCUUUCCCCCUCUCGAACCAAAUGACGGACAUUCCCAUUUAAAGGCACCUGAGCCAUCUGGACGAAAAUCCUUCGAAUCAGCCUCUUCAGUGCCUAAUUCAACACAUUACAGGUCGUCAAUCUCUUCCUUGUCCGAAAGUAUUAACAACACGACGCAUUCAACCACGCUGCAGAACGCAAACACGUAUACCUUUCACCUCCCAGAAACUUACAAGCACUCUCGUCGCGAUAUCCACGUCCGCGACGCCCAAGGAACGGAAAUCCUGUAUGCCAAAAUGUCAGAACACAAUCCGUUGAAACCAGACAUUCAAUUCUUCUCCAAUUCCACUUCAGCAACGCCCGUUGGAAGCGCGAAACUCCGCCAUGGAAAGAACUUGAAACUCAUCUUGGAGCACGGAGAAGAGAAAGAAAUGCACAACGUUUCCAAGAACAGGGAUUAUUGCUUCUACCUCCCGGAUUCGGCGGGGACCAGCAGAAAGGUAUUAUGGACGAGAGUGAACAUGGAAGGUGGUGGAGGACCUGCGACUGGGAAGGGAAAACGAGCAUUGAGGUAUGAGUUAGGUGAUGAAGGAAGUGGAGAGGUAUUGGCUGUUUAUGAUGCAGGGGAGCAUGCCAAGAAUGAUUUUCUGCACCGGGGCACUUUGACGAUGAGUUCUGAGUUGAGUGUGGGUGAGGAAGGAGGGUUGUGGGUGUUGAUGGGAGCGUUGGGGAUCUAUGAGAAAGCGAGACGGAGAGUGCCGACGGGUGGAAUAGGUGCCAUAAUACCUGGUUCCUGAAAUAAUAUCUUACAAGUGGAGGAAAGUAGGAAAUCUGUCAGUCAGGUAAACCUUCUCCUAUAGUGCAUAUUCCCUUGGAAACCGAAUAAUACGGUAUUGGGGCUUUGUAAGAUUUGCUAAGGAGGUACACCAGCUCAUUAAUAUAACGUGUAAAAGCUACAAAUAUAGUGGGCGCCAUGCUGUCUACACGGG